AUGGUCUCCUACAUUGUCAAAAAGGGGAGUGGAACCUCAAACCAGCACGUUAUKGUGAUAGAGUCUGCAGAUGCAGAGUCUGCAGGUCCUGGGGUUAAGCAGGAGAGGUCUGAAGGGGAGGAUGACCUACGGCACAGCAGAGAUCCUGUAGUCACGGAGGACCCCACCACUGCCCCAGCGCAGCCUCGAACCCGGCGCAGUAUCACGGAGGUCAGUGGAACGCCGAACGCCGUCCUCAAGUUACAGACAGACACCAAGACAUUAACUGUAACACACAGACUCUUACACACAGGAUCUGACCACAGAUCAGACCCAGAGAGGCUGGGGAGACUGGGCUGUCCUCCUGCUCCCGGUUCAGAGUACUUACCAGUAUUUCACCAGAGCCAGAGGAUGGUUAAUUCCCGUGGGGAUGGCUAUGGUGACGCGUUAGACACUGGCGGUGAUGAUCCGUCUUGUUCUUACGCUACAGAGAUGGACCCUAGCAACAUGCCCUUGGGUUUAGAGACACAGACUGAUCUGUCUAGAGGGSACUGGAACCAGUACAGUAGUAGUGUAUACUCUGAAGGGUGCCUAGAUGAGAAAGGGGAGGUUAUAGUGAUAGAUGAGGUGACUGUGAAAGUGGAGGGUGACGCUCCUCCCACAUGGAAUGCAGAUAGUCACUUAGGAGACGGACACUCACAGGGCACAUAUUUCUUAGAUUACAGGGGAAGCUUAGAGACAAAUCCAAAUGUCACUAGCCUSUCCCCUUUACACACGCUCAGGGAUCGRGACCCAGUGUCCACGUCGAUGGGGCCUUCCGAUUCACACGGCCGCGUCCUUUUCGAUCAGGUAUUGAACUCAAACGACAGGGCUAGAGCCCAGGCUCAGGGAGGAGGAGCCACAUCAGGCAAUACUAAAGAGAAACGGUUUCUCUGCAUGUUCUGUAACAAAGGCUUCAGCUGCCCUAAAAAAGUGGAGAUCCACCAGAGGGUCCACACAGGGGUGAAACCCUUUAACUGUACGCAGUGUCAUAUGCGCUUUGCCCAGGCUGGUGACCUGAAAAAGCACCAGAGGGUCCACACAGGGGAGAAACCCUACAGCUGUACGCAGUGUGAGAAGAGGUUCUCCCGCCAGGACCACCUGAAGAUGCACCUGAAGGUCCACACGGGAGAGAGGCCAUUCGCCUGUACACACUGCGGGAAGAGGUUCUCAGAGAGGAGAUACCUCAGGAUACACCAGCAGAAAAAUCAUUCCACUCUAUAACAUAAAGUAACCAUUCCACUCGAUAGAUUCUGACGUUUAGAUUAAACCCUGCAUUAAAGACAAAGUUGKAUUUUCAUUGUCAGUAGAGAAGAUCCACAGAUGCAUUUGGAAUAACGAGAGUAACAGAUUUCAGUGUAGAAUAUUGCAUCCAGACGUGUGAUAUAUAAGCCUAAAAAGUCUGUCACAUAUUGUGUUUGUACUGUGUAGGCUAUAUGAUGUUUUCAUAUGGUUUAUUUAACACUUGUUUAUGUUUAAUAAACAUAAAAUGAGA